UGUACUGUAGUGUGUAGGAAUUUUGGUCGUGCAAGGUCGAAGGAUCUCUAAACUAGAGAAAUUUUGUCAAAAUUCAAAGAGAACCAACUAUGGCAGGCUUGUGGAGGGGCUAUGUCAGGCUGGCACAGGUCUAUCCAUUCAGGACUCAAGUUGGAACGACUGGUGUGCUGUUUCUUGUUGGAGAUGCCAUAGCCCAGUUCGGCGUGGAAAGACGGACUUUCCAGAACUACGACUACGCUCGCACGGCACGGAUGUCAGCUGUGGGGCUGCUCUGGGUGGGGCCAGUUCUCAGAACAUGGUUGGUGACUCUAGAAAGACUGGUGGUCAGUACUGGACCAACUGCUGCACUGAAGAAGAUGUGUUUAGAUCAGACCCUGAUGGCCCCGUUCUUCCUGGGUACAUUCUAUCCUGUGGUAGGCCUGAGCAGAUGGGACUCAUGGGAAGACAUCAAGCAACUAGUGAAGAAGGAGUACCUGUCAACACUGCUGAACAAUUAUAAGAUUUGGCCUGCAGUUCAGUUAGCCAACUUUUACUUUGUUCCUCUCAACUUGAGAUUGUUGGUGAUGAAUAUUGUGGCUCUGGGGUGGAAUACUUACCUGUCAUGGAGGGCAAACAUUCACACAGAAGACUCCUCUACCUCCUAGUGACAUCACACAGCUGGACUAACAAGAAUGGCCAGGAUGGGACCAUAAAAAUGUGAAGAAAAUACAAUAGCAGAAUACAGUCUUUGAUUAUACUGCUGUUGGGGUCCCUAGCACGGGUGGGCAGCAGUCAGCUAUUCUUUAUACCACAUUUCCAAGCGGCUGGA